GAAUGGAAAAGACAAAAAUAUGCAUUAGGUGAGAAGUUUAAAGGUAAAGCUUGGAACCCAGUUAAGAAACUUUCAAGAGAUGAAAUGGAAAGUGUAAGAUUGUUGAAAAGAGAAUUACCAGAUAUGACUUCAAAAGAUCUUUCGGACCAUUUUAAAAUUUCACCAGAAGCUAUAAGAAGAAUUCUUAAAUCAAAAUGGACUCCUUCACUAGAGGAA